AUGUCUAGACACGAAGAAUUCAUCGACAGAGUAGACCUAGGUGGUCUUGAUCUUGAAGGCCUGCCAUCGCCACCUGCCAUGGAACCCAUCGACGAGCAACCAACAGCAGAUGGCUCAAAUUCCGGCACCGCUUCAAGAAACGAAGAGACAGCAGAUUUCCCCAAUGAUUCCCCCGAGUCGGACAAAGGGCGCACCUCAUACUAUACAGGAGGAAACUUCUACCUAAAGAGGCGCGAAUGCAUACUUCUACAAGACAACGACUCCGACUCAGGUGCGGAUCAACCGACCAUCUUGAGGCCAGAGAGCAUAUUUCUGGCUAUCGACGAUGACAAGAUCCUGGAGCUUGGUAGAUUGCCAUCGUUGGUCGAUCAGCCCGAUGAGAUCCGUCAACUGGCCAGCAACAUUAUCAAGGGAACAAUGCCCUUGAGUGAGGAACGGGCUGUUCGUUUGGGUUAUCUUAGUGAUCAGUGUCUCGACCUUUCUGAGCUACUGAAGAGAUGUGACGACGCCCUUGAGAAGGCUUUUGAGGCCGCAGAUGCCGCAGUAUGGACAGAAGCGGGGGGCUCCUCCGCAGAGGUUGCUGAGGUAGAGGAGAACGCCGUCAAUGUCGGCGAUCAGGGGACAAGGUCCGAUGAAACACCUGCAUCAUCGCAAGACUCAACUGAGAAAUCAAACGAAGCACCCGGCGAGCCGGAACAGGGUUCAUACUGCUGCUAUGUCGCACUUACCAUGGCUGCGCGUGUACUCAAGGCCCCAAGCGCGCAGAAAAUGCUCGAGGCUAUUCGCGAAGGCGCAGACCUCGACGACCUCAUCUUGAACAUUGAGUGCUUCAGGCCGCCGACAGAGAGCGAGCCAUGGGAGCCCGAUAUGCCAGACAAGCAAGGAUACGGCCACAUCUAUGCUUUGCUUGGGUGCCUCAUGGCCACUGCCUACGCCAGGCAGUGUUACGCCGUUGAAACUAUCUACCUCGAUAGGGCCAUAAGCAACCUAGACGUGGCUAUUCUUAAGAUACCCGAGAGCCCUUUCAAAGAGUUCCGGGAGUAUCUCCAAAGAUUCCGCCAAGAAGUCGGCCAGAUUCAGGUCCUCUUUCAACGCAUCGAGUUGGAGGAUGAUCCAUUGAAGAACGGAGUCUUUUGCGCUAUCUGCCUGGACCUCAAACCUAUCGUUGGCUUCCACGAGACCGAGUAUCCGUCACACAAGAUGAACUUUAGCAAGCUGUGUCGGAAUGCUUCAGUUCGAUGCAGAGUCUGCACGCUGCUGAGGGACGCCACGGCCUCCUUAUACCCACUUCUCGACACCUCCUGGGAAGACAUUGCAGAGAUCAGCUACGAGAACCGCUCUGUUGGGAGGCGCUGGUAUGAUGGUGAGGUUGACGAUGUUGCCGAGUUGAUAUGGGGAUUCGAUGGAGCUCUUCAGAUUCACCUCCAUUGUCAUUAUAUGGGUUGCGAAGAGUCUUCGAUCUGCAGCUUUGAGCUUUACCAUUUGCCAGAAACUACACGUCCCUGGGACAUUAUCGGUACUGGCACUCAUGUUUGUGCUGAAGCCAACUCGCCCGAAAGUUGGGACGUGGUUCACGGCUGGAUUCAACAAUGCGUCCAUAACCACGACGAGUGUAGGCGUGGAAGCGAAGACCGACCGUUUCCCACACGUAUCUUGGAUGUCGGUUCCAAAGACAUAAACCCCCGCCUUUGCGUACCCAGCUCAGAUGAGCGCGGUAAAUAUGCCGCUCUGAGUCAUUGCUGGGGUGAUGUGAUGCCCCUCAAGACCACCAAGGGCACCAUUGACGAGUUUUGUCGAGGAAUCGACCUGUCCAAGUUUCCGCAGACGUUCAAAGAUGCCAUAGUUGCCUGUCAGAAGCUUCAAAUCAGGUAUCUCUGGAUCGACUCCCUCUGCAUUGUUCAGGAUGACGAGGAUGACUGGGCCGUCCAGUCACCCAAGAUGAGCGACGUCUACCAGAACGCCUACAUCACCAUAGCCGCUGCCGCCGCCCGUAACAGUACUGAGGGGUGUUUUCACUCGCGUCCUUUCAGUAUUAGGAAAUCCUUUGCGGCCGUUGCAGAAGUUCAGAACAAGGUUGAGCAAGUCGAGGUAUUUGCACGGCCGUGGCAGUCUGACCGGCACUGGACCACAAACAUCGGAGACGGCCCCCAGAAUCGAGCUCAGAACCCCCUUGAGACACGGGCAUGGACCCUCCAGGAACACAUUCUAUCCGGGAGAAUCCUUCGUUUCACCUCCCACGAGCUGGUCUGGCACUGUCGUGAGGUCCAUCUCUGCGAGUGUCGCCCGGGAUCCGCCCUUCGUAAGGAGGCCCUCAGACUCAUCAACUUGGACAGAAUGACAGGCGAUAAAGACUCCUCAUUCGUACUGCGCUCCAGCGAUCCUCGCAUUGUCUGGUCCGAAGUUGUCACUCCCUUCACCCGCCGCGCCAUCACCCACGAGUCAGAUCGACUUCCCGCCAUCUCUGGAGUCGCUGCUGCACUCGCUGGCCCCAUGGGUAUGGAGUACAUCGGCGGGAUGUGGAAGGGCAUGCUAGGUAGUACUGUGUGCUGGCAUGUCGAUGAACUUGGGACCUCUAGGCGCGAGACAUAUUACGCACCAACUUGGUCAUGGGCUUCCGUCGUGGGGUCUGUGGAGGCUGUCUGGAAUGCAAGCACCAACGAACUCCCACAGACUGAAGUGGUUGAUGUGCAGUACAGUUUGGCUACCCCGAACCCCUAUGGGAGACUAUCUUCAGCAAGGUUGACCAUUAAGGGCCUCUUGCUAGACGUCUGCAUGAAAUCACCGGAUGAUCUGCAAGCGAAGGACAAGAGUCGCAACAUCUCCUUCCAAAUGCAAUUCCUCAACAAGUCAGUCACUGAAACAGAUAUGAAGCUGGAGAUGAUUUGUCUUGCUUUCCCGGAUAUCGUAACGACGUCGGGCGAGGCCCCAGAGUUGCGGUUCGGAGAGCCUGUCCGGCUCCUACUUUUAGCCUGCAAGGUCUAUGGGCAAGGAUUCGACAGCAUGCCAGGACUCCUACUAACGGAGGCUCCCGACGUUCAGAAUGACACAGGCGGACUGGUAUAUCGCAGGGUGGGUAUGGGCGAGGUCAAACUUCGGACCAGUGAUAGAGAUCAAGGCGAGUUCAGGGGGAAGUUCAAGGAAGGCCUUGGCUUGGUACUUGCCAAUCACUUGGCUGCUCAGGGCUGCUUAUCCACCGUAACAAUUGUGUAA